AUGCGUCUGCCCGUCGAAUGUCCCUAUAAAUGCCAAGCCAUUCUCGUGAAGAGUACCCUGCUGUCUCACAUGGCAGCAGAGUGCCAGCUGCGACUGGCCACGUGCCAGUUCUGCUGCGAGGCGGUAUUCCAUGUCGAACUCAAUCAUCACGAAGAAACUUGUUCAGAAGCUCCGAUCAGCUGCCCGUAUUGCAUGGAAGAAAAUGUUAAACGUGGCGACAUGCCCUGGCACGCCAAAAGCUGUCCCGACACUCCGAAGCAUUGUCCUCUGGAAGAAUACGGUUGCAAUUUCGUGGGGCUGGACAGUGUCAUGGACGAGCACCUGAGUGUCAGGAAUCAUGUUUCCUGUUUUGUGACUCUGAAGAAAGGUUUAGAAGAGCGAGACGCAGACAUCGCUAGCCUUUGUAACCAUCUGAGUUCUUGCAGAAGCGAUCUGGAUACGUUGAAGAACAAGAUGCUCGAAGAGGUCGACGCCAAGAUCAGUAGUUUUUGUGACCAAGUUAGUAGUUGCAGAAGUGAUCUGGACACACUGCAGAACGAGAGGAAAGACGAAGUCUUGGAUGGCGCCCAGCUGUUCGAUGACGAAGUUAAGUGGGUGUUUCUGACUCCUGAGGGUGACGCUGAAUGCACGCACACCAGUCCCCUAUACCGACAGCGAAGCACGAAGACCUCGUUUUGCUUCUCCGUUCUUUCGAGCAGCGACAACGUGACAUUGAGACAACAUCUUCUAGAGGCAGGAACCUCCGGGAGGUCAUUCGCGGUAACCGUUGUAGACGGGACGAAGGAAGUGGUCGCCGAAAAGAAGGGAUUGGUGUGUGCAGAUCAGGACGUCCUCGAGUGGGAAGCCUCGGAGGACACUGUUUACGUAGUCACCUGUGCCCUGGACAAAGGACAAACAUAA